GGCAAUGAGCGCGCUGAAUGCCAGUCGGUGACACAAAAACAAAAAGAAGAGAGUCAAGUAAAGUCCGCAAAAGGUCCAUCGGCUCCUUGUGCAAGACUUGAUGGUUUUGAACUUUAAUUCAGGUGGGUCGGAGACCGCAAACUCCCAGCCGUUGAACAUGGAAGUGGAUCUCGAUGGAUUGUUUCGCCAGAAUGGCUCCUUCGACUAUGAGAACUAUGAGACUCCUGAGACAGGAGGUAGCGAGGCGGUGUGGAUCCCGGUCGUGUACUCUCUGGUGUUUCUGCUUGGUCUGGCGGGAAAUAUACUGCUCCUAGUAGUUCUAGUCCGUAAGAGGCUAAGGUGGAGCAUAUCGGACAUCUUUAUUCUCCAUUUCGCUGUGGUGGACAUCCUGCUUCUGCUGAUACUGCCCUUCAAGGCUUCACAUGCCACACAACAUCUGUGUGAGAGGAUUCUCUGCAAGAUCUGUGGAGCUGUUUUCAAUAUUAACUUCUACUGCGGGGUCUUUUUGCUGCUUUGCAUCACUUUGGAUCACUACCUGUCCACCAUCCACGCAGUCCGCUUUAACUACCGCAGGACGCCCAAUGUAGCGCAUAUCAGCUGCCUGAUGGUGUGGGUCAUCUCCCUGCUCCUUAGCAUCCCCGAGUGGAUUUUCCUGGAGUCCAAGGAAGAUCUGGAACAAGACAAACAUUUCUGUGCUCACAACUACCGUCGGUCUGGAGUGGACUGGCUGCGGCCUUCACGUCUGCUCCACCACAUACUGGGCUUCCUGCUGCCCGUGGCCGUCCUGAUAUUGUGCCUCUCUCAUAUCUUCCUACGGCGUCUGGCCGGCUCUAAAGGGCUCCAGAGGCAGAGGCCCGUCAUGGUCAUCCUGCCUCUGGUGGGUGUUUUUCUUCUUUUCUGGACUCCGUAUAACGUCACCCUGUUCAUAAACACCGUCAUUAACAUCUCUGAAAAGCCUGACUCAUCUGAAAGCACAGGUUCUUUGAAAACGGCUCUGGUGGCGACCUCUGCCUUCGGCUGCAUUCAUGCCUGCCUGAGGCCUCUGCUUUAUCUGUUACUUUGCCCAAACAUCAAGAAACAAGUCCUGGGCCUGCUAAGAUGUGCCACAGUAGUAGAGGAGAACUCGCUGUGGCAGCUGGGUGUGGGCGAGGAGGCGCCGCAUGACCAGAGUGACACGAGGGAAGAGAUGAAACAAAUGACAAACAAUGACCAUCAGGGCCAGGCGGUCCAGUUAUGACGAAUGGAUAAAAGUCACACACACCACUGCCCCACUGCUCAGAUGUGACCUUGACUGUACUCCACCCAUGAGGGGAAAUGUGAACUUGUGUCAUGAGUUUCGGAUGUACAGAACUGGUCUCUGAGAUGGUGUGAAGACUGUCUACUUCCGUUUUAGAGUAACGUCACAGUGACUUGUACUUCUUUAACUUUGAUCACAGUUGCACAAUUUAAGCUUAUCUCCCAAAAUCAUGAGCUAUAGAAAUAUUUAUUUUUGCUAUGUAUUAUUAUUAUUUUUAAAAUAUUUUAAAUGAAAAACAUAUUUUUUAUUAUUUUUGUGUAGCAGUGUCAGGGAGAGCAGCUUUUAGCAGUUGCACACUUCUCUUAUUUGCUCUUAUUCUUCUUACUAGUUAGUGCCUACAUUGAAACGUCCAACACUUCACAACUGUUCUCGCUGACAACAUAUGUUUCACUCUUCUUUUUAUGCUCGGACUUCUGCUAGUUGUCGCACAAGUAUUAAACCCACAAUUGCGCAGUAGCUGCGUAUGCUGCAGUCUGUAUGUGAGAAAUAUGCGGUGAGGGAAUUUCCACAUGCUGGAUUCUGUUUCAAUGUUGCCGCACUAGUUUUUCUUUUUUGAACAAUGAGAGGAUUAGACAAACAGGUAAUGAUGUCAUCAGUCAGAUGACAGUGAGCAAGCAUGAUGAUGAAUUAAAAACACUUGUGCGUGUUUCCCCAGGCCUGCAGGCCUCUCUGUUUACUCUUAUGUCAAGACUGGUCUUUGUGUUUGCACAGACAACUGUGGGCGUGCUUUGUGCGCAAGCCCACGAAGGGGAACAUUAGUAGGUGGCAAACAAAGGAGGGACAAGUGAAAUCUCAUUAUGGAACCAGAUCACAUGUUGAACUUAUCAACAAAAUCAAUAGGUUCUUCAAUCAAGUCUUCUAACACUGUACAGGUCAUGAUCUGCCAGAGAGCUCCUUCCUGACUUAUUAUGAAAAGUUGAAGUAAUAUCUCAACAUUGAAGACUUAGUAUUGAAUAAUUUUAGAAAUAGUGCGAAAGAAAACUUGCUGUUCCUUUAGAGUGGAGUGAAUGUUGCCUUAUCGAGGAGAAAUGUUUGACUCUAACCACAGACGCAUCACAUUAGUGUAUCGCUUCCUGGCUUGAGAUCACGAGUGAAGUAAGACAGAUAAGCAGCUAAUUAUGGACGCACACCCGCCGUGUCAUAUGUGACUAAGUGUUAACACCAACUUCAGUGCAUCCUGAAUAAAGGACUAAUUAUGUUUGGAGAUGUCUGCAAUUAAGCUUUAAAAGCUGUUAUCCUAGACUGUUUUGAAGCCCUCUGGAAAGAACAUUGUCAAGUUUAUUCAUCUGUGAGGUCAAAUGGAUCGACCUUUUGCUUGGUUGAUGAGACAUUUGGGAGAAAACUGGAAUCCAGCGUCAUUAUCAUCAGACAUCAAUUUAAAAAUGAGUUUCUGAUUGUUGUUUGUUGAUUUAGAUAUGAAGGUAUAUACAGUGGUAUAUAGUGCUUGUAUCAUGUGGUGUUUUGACGUCAAAAAAUACGACAUAAAAUAAAAUGAGACUCGGAAC